UAGACAUUGCAAUCCGAUCUGAUAUUUACAUCACUGACAAGGAAGCUGGAAUUUGAAAGCAGAUUGUUUAAGCCAAAAUGGACAGAAUGAAUGUUUUCCAUCGUAUUUUUUUCCUGCUGUUCUUUCUUUUCGCUCGCAGUGACGCUUCAAACCAAAGUUUGUAUAAAGUCGACAUUGAUACAAAGCAAUAUGUCUAUCAUACGGACGAAAAGUUUCUUUCAAUCGCUCUGGGUUCGUCCUUAAUCAGAGAUCGUUGGAAGCACUUUGAUUUUGGUUCGGAAAAGCUACACAACCUUGCCAAAGGUCUGGCGCCAGCCUACCUAAGAAUAGGUGGUACAUAUGAAGACUUCUUAUUGUUCAACCCACAUGAAGACCAUCACAACGACCUAACUCGAACAGAAAACACGGAUGCUUUCAAAACAUCAUGUGAUCAACAAACGCAUUCAUCAUCCCAUGAACAACAACGCGUAGAUCCUCUUACCAACUUCACAAUGACUAGAGACGAUGUAAACAAGCUAUUUAAAUUUGUCAAUGAAACUGGAUUGAAUAUCAUAUUUGGCUUGAAUCUUCUUCUGCGAGAUUCAAAUACACGCCAUUGGAACUAUACCAAUGCAAAGCAGCUGAUGGAAUAUAUCCAUGCUCUGGGUUUUAGCUGUAGCUGGGAACUUGGAAACGAGCCUUUUGAUCUUCAUGGUCUAAUUAACUGGACGAUAACUGGUGAAGAAUUAGCUUUCGAUUUUAAAAUCCUCAGAAAGUUGUUAAAUGAGCAUCCGGAAUACGGUCAGAUGAUAGUAGGACCGGACGUGUCAUCACCAUGGAAACCACCACUCAGGGAUAGGUUUUUAAAAGACUUCUUAACUAACGUGGAUGGAAGCAUAGAUGGGAUGACAUAUCAUCAAUAUUACGUCAAUAACCAAGCUGAGGUGUCCAAGUUUUACGAUCCAAAAAUCUUAGACGAUCUUAUUACGGAGAUACAACAGGUGGAAAGUAUUAUGAAAGAGUCUGGUGCGAGCUCCAUUGACUCUUGGCUUGGAGAAACCUCAAGUGCGUAUGGUGGAGGUGUACCAGGUGUUUCAAACAGCUUUAUAGCUGGGUUUAUGUGGCUUGACAAACUGGGGGUUGCUGCAAGGCUAAAACAAAGUGUCGUCAUAAGACAGACAUUUUAUAGUGGAUCUUAUUCAUUGAUAAAUUCAAAAAAUCUGGAUCCUUUCCCAGAUUAUUGGUCAGCGUUCCUUUACAAAACGCUGGUCGGCUCUCGAGUGCUUGACGUCCAUAAUAGCAUAUCCUUUGGUCGCACCAUCCGUGUUUAUGCUCACUGUAUGUCAGAGAGAUCCUCUUACAAUCCUGGUAGUUUAGUUCUGAUAGCCCUCAACACCCAACACGAAGACGUACAAUUAGUGUUGACAAAUGGAUUGGAAAAGCUGACAGUUGAUCAGUAUUUGUUAACACCAGGGGAAAAAGGUAAUCUGAUCUCACAGACAGUUAGACUGAAUGGAAAAGUACUUCAAAUGGUCGACGAUACAUUUUUACCAAAUGUAGAACCUAUUUCAAUAUUACCCCCGGAUAAGAUAAGCUUACCCCCAGUAUCCUACGGUUUCUUUGUUAUCCCUGACGCUCGUGUGGAAGCAUGCCAAUCUGACAUGCUGAGUUAGUUUUUUGUCAGCCUAAAUAAUAACUUUCACUGGUAUAAAUUGAUUUUAAAAUAAAAGGGAUUAUAAAAGAGAUUUUAAAAUAAAAGGCAUUGCAUUGAGCAG